UAAUCUAUGCCAAUUACUGUCAAAGUCGAAGUUUCAAAACAACGUGGGAAUGUUGUUAUCCUCAUACUUGGUUUUAAAUGUGUUAUUUUAAGUUAUGUUACUGUAUUAAUAAGUGCUAAACGUUUAUAACCAUGGCCCACAUUUCAUACCCUUUCAAGAAAACUAACAAGGCUGUGUACCAGAAGCCGGCUUCUGUUCUUACCGAAGAUGCAAUUUAUUGGAAGAAAUUAGGAUCACCAGUGCUAGUAAAGGAGUUCGGUGCUAUAGAUUAUUUGGACUUCAGCCCGGUGGAACCUUAUUAUUUUGCUGCAACAUGCUCAGUCAGAGUACAGGUAUAUGAUCCCAUAACCAAAGUCGUAGCCAAGAACAUCUCGAAGUUUGUUGAAGCAGCUUACGGCGCUACCUUCAGGGCUGAUGGAAGGCUUCUGGUGGCUGGCAGUGAGGAGGCUGCUGUUAAACUGUUUGAUGUUCAGUCAAAGAAUGUGCUCCGAGUCUUUACUGGACACACUGGCCCUGUGCACAGGACAUUAUUCACAAAAGAUCAUGUCAAAAUUAUCAGUUACUCAGAUGACAAAUCUGUUAGUUUAUGGGACAUAGCAACCGAAGAGAAGAUCAACACUUUCACCGAACACACCGACUAUGUGCGAGCAGGAGCCGCCAGUCCUAUCUCACCAGAGAUUAUAUUAUCUGGAAGUUAUGAUCAUACUGUGAAACUCUAUGACUGCAGGUCUAAUGAGGUAGUACUCUCAGUAAACCAUGGUAGCCCAGUAGAAUCAACACUGUUCCUACCUUCAGGGGGCAUAUUCAUCAGUGCUGGUGGUACAGAAAUUAAAGUAUGGGACAUCUUCAAUGGAGGAAAACAACUAGCUAACAUUUCUCAGCACCAUAAAACAGUAACAACUCUUAGACUGGCCAGUAACAAUAGCAGACUGAUGUCUGCAUCAUUGGAUAGACAUGUCAAGAUAUAUGACAUAUCUACAUUCAAAGUCGUACACAACAUUGAUUUCCCUAAUGCUGUAUUGAGCAUGGCCAUUUCCAAACACGAUGACACUCUAGCAGUUGGUAUGAUUGAUGGCAUCAUUUCAAUACGAAAAAGGGAGAAGCCAGCAAAACAAUCAGAUGAGAAAAAAGGUUUGUUUAAAUUCGCACCAGAUCACAUACCUACAAUAAUUACAGAAGAAGUUCAGAACAAACAUAAGAACAAACAAAAUAGCAAGGUUACACAAGGGCCAGAGUAUGACAAGUUUCUUAGGAAAAUGGAGUUCACUAAGGCUCUUUCAGCAGUUCUUAAAACAUAUGUGGCUACAAAAUACCCAGAGAAAACUGCUGCUCUGAUACAAGAAAUGUUAAGGAGACAGGUUCUUCAUGUUGCUAUGGAUGGGUUAAAUGACAAAGAUAUAGGAUCAUUACUUAAAUACUUCAAGAAAAAUCUAGGAGAAACAAGGUUUACUAGGGUAAUAAUUGAUGCAGCCAAUGUUUUUGUUGAUGUAUUUGAAAGCCAAGUGAAAUCCUUCCCAGAACUUAAUUUGUGGCUGUACACUUCGUUAAUGAAAGAGAUAGAGGAAGAAAUAGAAGUUUGUAAGAGAGUGAGUGAGUUGGAAGGUGCUAUAAACCUUUUGAUGGCAGGAGCGCAAAUUACAGAAACAAGUGACACACUAGAAAUAAAUGAUAACUUUGCACCAUCAGCUAAAGCUCUAAAAGAGAUUGUUAUCGAUGUAUAAAUAGAAUAAAUACUAUUACAAUAUUGUCUAAA